UAUAGUCAUAUUGAGCGGUGGGCGGCGCGUCUCCACUGUCGUCUCACAGUAGUUUCUGGAACCUCAUGGUUACACCAUGGAGAAAGUAUCUCAGCUAAAAGACCAGGGCAAUAAGGCGCUGAGCGCUGGAAACAUUGAUGAAGCCGUUCGUUGCUACACGGAAGCCCUGGUUUUAGACCCAUCCAACCAUGUCCUUUUCAGCAACCGCUCUGCUGCCUACGCCAAAAAGGGUGACUACGAUAAUGCCCUGAAAGAUGCCUGCCAGACCAUUAAAAUCAAGCCAGACUGGGGCAAGGGUUACUCACGGAAGGCAGCAGCUUUGGAGUUUCUGGGGAAAUUUGAGGAUGCCAAAGCAACCUAUCAGGAGGGUAUCAGACAUGAGCCAUCCAAUCAGCAACUGAAAGAGGGGCUUCAGAAUAUUGAGGCCCGACUAUCAGACAAGAAGAUGAUGAACCCAUUUGCAAUCCCCAACUUAUAUGAGAAAUUGGAGGGGGACCCUCGGACACGGGCACUGCUGACUGACCCCAGUUACAGAGAGCUGCUGGAGCAGCUGCGCACUAAGCCGUCUGAACUCGGCACGAGGUUGCAGGAUCCACGUGUGAUGACUACUCUCUCAGUGUUACUGGGGCUGGACCUCGUUGGCAUGGAUGAAGAGGAGGAGCCAACUCCACCACCUCCACCUAAACCUAAAGAGACAGCUCCGCCUCCUCCCAAAGAGGAAGACUUGCCAGAGAACAAGAGAUUGGCACUGAAGGAGAAGGAGCUUGGCAAUGCAGCUUACAAAAAGAAGGACUUUGCCACUGCCCUCAAACACUAUGAAGAGGCGUUUAAGCAUGACCCCACCAACAUGACCUAUCUGUCAAAUCAGGCCGCUGUGUUCUUUGAGAAAGGAGAGUUUGACAAGUGUAGAGAAUCUUGUGAGAAAGCCAUUGAAGUGGGACGUGAAAAUCGUGAGGACUACAGACAAAUUGCCAAGGCCUACGCCAGGAUUGGCAACUCCUACUUCAAGCAGGAUCAGUAUAAGGAAGCCAUUCAGUUCUUUAACAAAAGUCUGACAGAACACCGCACUCCUGAGGUGCUGAAAAAGUGCCAGCAGGCAGAGAAGAUAGUAAAGGAGCAGGAAAAACUGGCCUACAUCAACCCAGACUUGGCACUAGAGGAGAAAAACAAAGGCAAUGAAGCCUUCCAGAAAGGUGAUUAUCCUGUAGCUAUGAAGCACUACACAGAGGCCAUCAAGAGGAACCCCAAUGACGCCAAGCUCUUCAGCAACAGAGCAGCCUGCUACACCAAACUACUGGAGUUCCAGCUGGCACUUAAGGACUGUGAGGAGUGCAUCAAUCUAGACCCUGCAUUCAUUAAAGGAUACACACGCAAGGCAGCAGCACUGGAGGCAAUGAAGGACUUUUCCAAAGCCAUGGAUGCCUACCAGAAAGCUCUGGAGCUGGAUUCCAACUCCAAGGAGGCCACAGAGGGGAUGCAGCGCUGCAUGGUGAGUCAGGCAGUGCGGAACGACAGCCCAGAGGAUGUAAAGCGGAGGGCCAUGGCUGAUCCGGAGGUGCAACAGAUCAUGUCUGACCCUGCCAUGCGCAUGAUCUUGGAGCAGAUGCAGAAAGACCCCCAGGCCCUUAGCGAUCACCUGAAGAACCCAGUAAUUGCUCAGAAGAUUCAGAAACUGAUAGACGUUGGCCUCAUAGCCAUCCGGUAAUCACAGCGAAGGCAGAGGAGAAGCAGGGCUACCACCAUCCAGAUCAACACCGCCACAAGACCACAGAGGGAAGAUGAUGCCAUUCCAAAAUCGACAAACUCUAGCUCACUGAAAUGUGCACCCAUUUCUGUACUCCACAUCUAUAUGUGAUAGGGUUUUCUGUUUUUUUAUUUCAAUGUAAGGCCUUAAUUAGACAUUCAUUAAACAUGUUAUAUUAAACAUGUAAUGCGCAAUACUAGAUUUGAUUUUUUUUAGAAUACUCCAGUACCAAUGACCAUUGAUUCAUGACACAUGAAGUUUUGGGUGAAGAGAACCUGUGGAUGAUCAGGUUUGUUACAGUGUAAUCUCACAAAUGUAAGCACUGGAGAAAAACUCAACUGUGUAGUACCAGCUUUGAUAUUCAGCCAACUUCAAUUUUGACCCUCUGACUCUUUCAGUAUAAACCUCACUCAGUAUGGCGUGUUGUAAGGGCAUUCCUGGAUGCAGUAUGAAUUGCGCAACUAUUUUGAGAUGCUUGUUGCUAUCAUUUUAUGUGUGCGUUCUGGUUCUAAUUUCUGAAUGUUGUUGCUUGUGUGGGGGACUGCUAGUCUUCGAUAAAGCUGGUUGCCACUUCUCACAGAAAUUUCAGGGUUAUCAGACAUCUCAGGGUAAGAGUGCAUACCUGCGUUGAGUUCCAUGCUGGCAGUGUAAUCAUAUUCAUGGUGAAAUUACCAAGAUAUGGAGUCUGGAUCGGGUACAAACUCGCGGUUGAAUUGAACAGUAAAGUUUGAUUGCUUUCACCUUUUCGCGCUCAGCAGGAGAAAGCUUGCCUCACUGCAAAUCCUGCAGCUCCAGCCUAUCUCUGUAGGCACUCUAUUCCCAGCAGGAAAUAUCUUUAGGCAGCAUUUAGCUGGGCACAGUGGGUAAGAAAGCAAAUGUAAGAAAGUGAUCCUUAAUCAGCACUCUUAAUUUGAGAAGUCAGAUGUGUGUUUAUCCCCCCCAAAAAAAACCUUUUUCAUAUAAUGUUAGUUUUAAUUGAAUACUGUCUUUUUAGGCUUUGCUAUAGUUCAGCCAUGCCACCUGUGCUUAACAAGAUGAUAAAAAGCUUUGCAAAGCUUAAUGUACUGAAACUGUGAGUUAGGAAUUACAGAAAUUCCCCUUUUCUAUCAUAGUAAUGUUGCAACACUGUUGACCACCUCCUCCUUUCUAAUCUCACUUUCCAUUUUAUCAGCUCUCCUCAACAUAUGGAGCCCUUUUUCUGCAUACAUUGUAAUUUCCACCCUGUUCCACCACCUAGCAGGUAUUAUGUGGCUGUGGGCUGGAUAUUUCUGGUUGGUGGACUAUUGUCUUAAAAACUGAGAAUGAUCUACCACCCAGAUAAUACCUGCUCUGUGGUGGAACUGUAGGUGAGAACAGGGUAAAAUAAGAUAAUAAACUAUGCAGAUGGAAGUCAGUUUCUUAUUACAAAACUACAAAGUGCUUCUAUAUGCUCAGUGUAGCUGAAAGAAUGAACCAUGUAUGUAGAAACAAGAAGGUGGUCAGAAGUAGUUGUUAAAGUAUGAAAACAUAACUGUUGUUCAGUGUUGUUUUGGUACAUUAUGCAAUGCUAAGCUUCUCCACAUAAGCAUUUAGGAACUCUUCUUGGAAAGGCAUCUUCAAGAAUUCAAAAGUGUGGCAUUGGUUUACAGGGUGCCUUCAAGUAGCACAGAUUGUGGGCCAGUCUUCAGUUUAUCCUGUUCAUUGCUUAUUCCCAGAGUUCCCAGUGUCUUGAAGACAAGCCUGCCAUCUGAGUGACCUGAAAGCUCCCCUUGCUUAUCUAUCUCGUUUUGCCGUCUUCAGUGCGAAAGAGCAGAAUGGGACUUUAGCCAUGUGAAAAUCUUCGGCUGCUGUCACGCUCCAUGUCUUUUCACUUCAAUAAACUCUUUGACUGACAUCCACGCCGGGGCAUCCAGAUUGCGUCCAGUCGAAUGGCUCUUCACAAUUGCAGUUUGCUCAAAGAUGGCAGGACAGAAAUAACUGCCACUCAGUGCGUAGCCUGGGGUCACUUCUUCAAAUAAACCUUAAGUUCCUGUAUUGUAGAAAAAGCUUACUGUAACCUGCAAGUAGUUUUAUGAUGUGUAGAGAGGAAGCACAUCACAACAGAAAGUUAUAUUGGCAUGACACUUGGAAAUGGAGAAUUAAGAGCGUGAAAAAAUAAACUCAAACUGAAACAGA